AUGGAGUUUGCCACCAUUGGCCCUGGGUCUCAUGUUUAUUACACUGACCACGUCUGCAAGGUUAACGCAGCGACAUCUCUGAACCUCAACCACUGCAUCACUAAUCAGAAUGGCGUCAUGAAGCCCAAAAAGGAGAAAUUCGGCCGGUCCUGCAAUUACUGCUCCAUUAAGAAAGACGGCCACGCCCUUCGCUGCGCCUGUGCUAACGAAAAGGGCGAAUGGGUCGAUAGUGAGAUUGACUUGAACCAGGGAUUCCUGUACAACUGGUUCGGCUACCUCUCAUGCUUCAACACCUACGAGACCCAGUACAAGCGCAAGUACCCGUGCAAAGGGGCCAACUGGCAGCCUUCGCCUGGCGAAAACGACACCGCCUGCUCCAAGGGCUGCCCCCAGCCGUGCGACCACAGCAUCCAGUGCGGAUAUGACAAGGCAGAGCUAGUCGGCAAUUUCACCCACGAUGGUGGAAUGGGCAUUGAUGGAUUCGACUUGCCUGAGAAUAGUACGGCCUUGGUGCCGGAGCAUUUGAAACGUUCUUGA